AUGCAUUGGUCGUUCUGUGCCGUGAACCCCGCUUCCGGGAGCAAAGGAGGUCAGGAGCAGGGACCCCUCCCGCCAGGCUCCGCCUCUGACGCCCCACCCACUGCCGAGAGAGCCCCUUGCCCUCUGAAGACCACGCCCACCCAUGUGAUUGCCACGCCCCCGCCCGCAGGUCCGCCUCUGAUUGGACACGCCCGCCGUGGUGCCACGCCCCCGCGCGGCCACGCCCUCACGGCGCCCACGCCCUUCCCCGCCGUCCUCUGUCCCCGACACCCGAGGGCCAUGGCCGCAGAUCCGCGGGGGUGGCGGCGCGGGCGGUCCCGCGCGCUCGGCCGGGCCAUGCGGCUGCUGCAGCGUCUGGAAGAGCGAUGCGGGGACCCCCGGCUGGGCUCCGGGCCCCCCUCGCUGCGGGACCUGCUGCCCCGCGUCGCGCAGCUCCCCCUAGCGGGGCGCGGCGGGGCGGGCGGCGUCCCCGAGGGCGCUGGGGGAGCCAUUCUGGAGGCCAAGAGCCGGCAGGUGGCGGCGCUGCUGCCGGCGCGGGCCGGGGCCGAAGACCCGCUCUUCCGGGAGGGCGCGCGGCCCAGGCAGCAGCUGGCCAAGCUGGCCCUCAUCAGCCAUAUGCGCCCGGGGCUGGGCGCACUCUUCACCGUGGGGGGGAAAUACUGUGGGCACCUGCACCAGCUGAACAAGGCCCCCGCACACACCUUCUGGAGAGGCCACUGUGGAGCCCCGUGCAUGGUGUCGCUCCUGGACACCUGCCACCCUGUGGAGCCCGGGCCCGCCGCCCAGGCCUUGCGCUCCACCAUGGACCUCACGUUCAGCAGCCACGUGUCCAUCUUUGAGUUCGACAUCUUCACCAGGCUCUUCCAGCCAUGGCCCACGCUGCUGAAGAACUGGCAACUCCUAGCUGUCAACCACCCUGGUGCAGGCCUUCCUUACCUAAGACAGGUCCAGACCCGCUUACAGUCCUGCAGGGACAAGCCAGGCAGCUACAUCUUCAGGCCUAGCUGCACGCGCCUGGGACAAUGGGCCAUGGGCUACAUGAGCUCGGAUGGCGGCAUCCUGCAGGACAUCCCCUCCAACAGACCCCUGCUCCAGGUGCUCCUGGAAGGACAGAAGGAUGGCCUCUACCUGUACCAUGGGAAGAAUCACAACCCAGACCUGAUGGCGCUGUAUGGAGCAGACCCCCACGAGCACAUCCACCUGUCAGAGGAGCAGCUGCGCCUCUACCUGGCCAUGGACUCCAUCGAGCUUUGUAAGAUCUGUGCCGAGAGAGACAAGGACGUGAGGCUGGAGCCAUGCAGGCAUAUGCUCUGCGGCCGCUGCCUGGCCGCCUGGCAGGUGGCUCUGUCUCUGGGUCCCCAGCCCUGGGUUGAGUGCCCCUGCCGCCUCCCCCAGUGA